AGAAGAAAAGGAAAAGUGAAAAAAAGGAGUAGGAGCAGUUAGAAGCAGAAGAAAGGCAGAUGGAAGUGGCAGCAGCAGUGGAGAAGAAAGAAUCGGAGACUAACAACAGCUCCUCCGACCUCAGCCGUUUAGCAUCGUCGGAUGCCGACAGCAAAGACAAAGAAGCACAAGACCGCGAACAACGCAUUGCUCUUGAUCUCAAAGCCGGUCUCCACCCUCUCAAGCACAAAUUCGUUUUUUGGUAUACUCGAAGGACACCUGGAGUUCGCACUCAAGCAUCAUAUGAAGACAACAUAAAAAAGAUUGUGGAUUUCAGUACUGUUGAGGGUUUCUGGGUCUGCUAUUGCCACCUGGCACGCCCAUCAUCAUUACCAAGCCCAACUGAUUUACAUCUUUUCAAGGAGGGUAUUCGACCUUUGUGGGAGGAUUCUGCUAAUUGUAAUGGUGGAAAGUGGAUUAUCAGAUUCAAGAAAGCUGUCUCGGGCCGCUUUUGGGAAGAUUUGGUUUUGGCAUUAGUUGGUGAUCAGCUUGAUUAUGGUGAUAAUAUCUGUGGUGCUGUACUAAGCAUUCGUUUCAAUGAGGACAUAUUGAGUCUGUGGAACCGUAAUGCGUCUGAUCACCAGGCUGUGAUGUCCCUGAGAGAUGCAAUUAAACGACAUUUGAAGCUUCCGCUCAGCUAUGUAAUGGAAUACAAACCGCAUGAUGCAUCUCUACGUGACAAUUCAUCAUACCGGAACACGUGGCUGAGGGGAUAGGGAAGAACCAAGAAGCUUCGAACUUUGCAACUGAACGUGCAGGACUGAAGUUGCACCUGUCUGGAAGCUAUUUCAGUGCAUCUGCGAUUUGGUUUUGGGUUGUAAUCGUUGAUUACGUUGGAGAGAUGAUAACAGGGUGGAUUGCUGUGUAAACUCGGAAUUUGCUCUGUUGGUUUUUCACCCGACACCUAGAAGUCUGUCGAUUUUCGUUUCAUUUCAAAACGAGGAUGUUUUACUAACUCAUGUUUAAAGUAGAGUUCAAUAGCUUUGAAAUUGUAUGGUAGCAUUAAAA